GACACCACUUGUUCCCUCCCUUCACACAGCACAACUCCUAAAAAAGAGUGUCAGUGAGUGUGUGUCAGAGAUAACCAGAGUUGGUCUCAGGAUGCCUGCGUACGCCACCAACAUGAGGAUGAAGUUUCCCAUCGUGGCCUUGACUUUGGAGAUUAUCACCAUCAUCCUGUUUGGUGUGUUUGUGGUCUAUGAUGAUGGAAAAAGUCACGGACACAAGCCACACUCCAAUGAGACUCACCAUGACGAGAACCCCAUGGAUCUCUACCCCAUGUUUCAGGAUGUCCACGUCAUGAUCUUCAUCGGCUUCGGGUUCCUGAUGACCUUCCUGAAGCGAUACGGGUUCAGCAGCGUGGGCAUCAACUUACUGCUGGCUGCCUUCGGCCUGCAGUGGGGCCUCCUCACGCAGGGCAUUUGGCACCUGGAUGAUGGCAAGAUCAAAGUCAGCAUCUUCAAAAUAAUCAACGCAGACUUCAGCACAGCUACAGUCCUGAUCUCCUUCGGAGCCGUUCUGGGUAAAACCAGCCCUGUGCAGCUCCUCAUCAUGACCAUACUGGAGAUCACCAUCUUCUCCAUCAACGAACAUCUGGUGGCCACAGUCCUUGAAGCGAAUGAUGUUGGAGCAUCCAUGAUCAUCCAUGCUUAUGGAGCCUACUUUGGCCUGGCAGUGGCGCGAGUACUUUACCGACCAGGUUUACGAAACGGACAUGAGAACGACGGAUCUGUUUAUCACUCUGAUCUGUUUGCUAUGAUUGGAACUGUCUUCCUGUGGAUGUUCUGGCCCAGUUUUAACUCGGCCAUCGCUGAUCCGGGCUUCACUCAGCUCACAGCAGUGAUCAACACCUACCUCUCCCUGGCUGCCUGUGUGCUCUCUGCCUACGCCAUCUCCAGCCUUGUGGAGCACAAAGGAAAACUGGACAUGGUGCAUAUUCAGAAUGCCACCUUGGCUGGUGGUGUUGCUGUGGGAACAUGUGCUGACAUGAACAUCGGGCCAUUUGGGGCAAUGCUGAUUGGAUUAGUGGCUGGCAUCAUCUCUACCCUGGGCUUCAAGUACCUAACUCCCAUCCUGGCAUCCAACCUGGGCAUCCAGGAUACCUGCGGAGUCCACAAUCUGCACGGCAUGCCUGGCAUCCUGGGCGGGUUGGCUGGUAUUGUGGCUGUGGCUUUGGGAAAAAAAGAGGGAGGUAAUGCUGCCAUGCAAGCUGCUGCCUUGGCUUCAUCCCUGGGGUUCGCUUUGGUUGGAGGUGCUAUUACAGGUUUAAUAAUGAAGUUGCCGUUCUGGGGACAGCCUCCAGACCAGAACUGCUUUGACGACUCUAUUUACUGGGAGGUUCCUGAGGAGGAGGAGGAGAAUGAGGAGAGCUUGGCUCACGGCGAUCACUCAAAGAACAAAGCAGAGGUUUAAAUAUCUGCUCACACUCCACUGAGCUAGAAAUGAAGAAGUAAAUGAUUAUUAAUCAGCUACACCAUGUCCGCAGAUGUGUAAUGUGAUUUUAAAAAACUAGACGAUUUGCUCUACUCACCAACACAAGUCAAUUUUUGAAACUUUUUUGUGAUCAAAGAUCUACAACUUGUAUUUUUCAGGAUGGGCAGUGAAUGUUUUACACAACAGUCUUCAAAUAUAUACAUAAUAAAAAUAUUCAGCAUAAAUAUUCAGUUAAUCCCGUUUACACUCACCGUUUACACUUCAGGGAUUUCUUUUGCAUUGAAAAUUGUGAUCAAUAACCUUGAAAACCCAGUGGGUCACACCAUAAAUUCACUGCUGAUACACAACUACUUACAUAAGCUUUUUUAUUUUAUUUUUAUAUUAUGAAAAACAUUAAAGCAUGUUUUUAGUAUAGUGUGUAUUUUUCUUCUUAUAAUCUUUUAUAUUUCCAUACACCUGGCAUAUGUAUUUCUGCUGAGGCUUAGGUCAAAGAGAAGAGGAGUUAGGCUAUGUCCACACACACUCAGGCGGUCCAGCAAAAACACAAGUCUCCCCAUUCAUUUUGACUGGGGGUAGUGCGUUUCAAGCUGUGGCGGUAGGGGCCGCAGGGGGGUGCCGAAAAAAACUGCAACGCCCUGCGGCGAAAAGUUGAAAAAGAUUAAACUUUAAGAGAAACGCAAUCCCACAUCAUCCUACAGUGCCCAAUUAUAUAACCGGCAAUCAGACUUGUCAGUGUGUUUUGAGGCAAUGUGGGAGUCUUUUUAAAUUAAAGAGUGUGGUCUAGACCUACUCUAUCUGUAAAGUGCCUUGAGAUAACUGUUAUGAUUUAAUACUAUAAAUAAAAUUGAAUUGAGAGUCCCUUACGUAUCCAUCGCUGCCACAAGAAAGUAAAAAAAAAAACAGUUUUCUGCAACAAUAAAGCACAAUGCUCCAUCUCUUUUCUUUCUCUCUUUCUAUAUGAAAUACAGCUGCCUUCAAGUGAGGUCGUAAAUGUCAAGAUCUAUAAACGAUCUGACAGAAAACAAUAAUUAAAAAUAUAAAGUCUACUUGUGCUGCUUGUUUAAAGAACGCAGCAGGACGUCACACAGAUGGGCCUUUUUAGUGAUACGUAUUUCCACAGUCGCAAAACCCUGCGGAUCUCUGGCUUUGGUCUGAACGUGCCCUUAAACCUGCUUUGAUCUGCUGCUUCACAUCACCUCACUGGAGCCCAGUCCUUCUGCAAGGAGUCAGAGUCAUACUGUGUGAAUCCAGCAGUAAGGCUCUGACAUGGGCAGGUAGUCGCAUGAUAUGUUGUAACUAAUAAACCUUUUUGUUGCUUAUCUCCCACUGCUUACAAUAAUGUUCUAUCUAUCAGAGGGCAGCUGUACAAUUUAUUUAAUGCAAGGAGUGCAUUUAGCAUUAGAUUGGCUGUCAAUGGGAAAACUGAAGUUCAUUUUUGUGUCAGCUUUCUAUUUACAUCCAGUGUAUUUUUACAUGUACAUACAGUUUAGCUUUUAGAUGGAUUGACAUAGUCAGUUUUAUAGUCCUGCAAUGUUAAAAAAGUGAAACUGGUACUGAAUAUUUUUCAGAUGCCUUUAAAAGAAUUUAACAGGAACUUACAUACUGAAACAUAAUAAUUGCUUACCAUUUUCUUUAUACCAUUAUAUGCAUCAGUUGGAAUCAUUUUUUUGUACCCGUUUUCUCUGUAGGUGAGUUCCUGUUGGAUUCUUUUUCAUUCUGAGUUGUGAACAGUCACACCUGCAACUGUGUAUAUCACAGGAUUAGAGAGCAGCCAUUUCUUGCUUCGCAAAAUCUUUUUAAGCUGCAUGGUGUCUGAGUGCCGAAGGACAGGUUUUUUUUGUGUUUAACAGUAAAACAUAGGACUGCAGUGCUAGAUGGAACUGACUAUACAGUAGUGUUAAUCAAUUUUGGUUCAUCAAAUGGUUUAUGAUGCCCAGAACACUGAAGCACAUCAAGAUUUUGUAUUUUUAUAUUAUGUGUGCUUUGAUGUGCUCAUAUUUGUAUAAUAUACUAAUACUGUCAUAAUAAAUGUGUUUUUGUACAA